AUGUCUUUAAGAGGAAUUAUAGAUGUCAUUAUCCAUUUAGAGAGCUUUAGAAAUAUUGACCUAUACAACCCAGGACUUUACCAUUUGGAGAUUUCUGUAUAUCAUAUUGUCUCUGGCCAUACCGUCUCAGCUCAUCCUUAUAAUGUGAUUACAUGUGAAGGAAACACAGAAUUUCUCAGGACUUUACCUCCAGAAAUUGAGGAUUUUUGUUUCAAAUCUCAGAUCUUUUACAUCAAAUUUUGUGACGAGGAAUUUUUUUUGCAAGAUAUCAUUGUGUUUAGAACAGAAUUAGACCUUGAAACUGAAAAUGAAAUAAUUAUUCAGGUUAAUCUGAUGUAUUUAGAUAUAGAGUACUCUGAAGAUAUUUUCGAAAAGAAUACUAUGAAGCUUGAUAGAGCAGUUUCUGUUAGCGAAGUGAAGCUGAAACUAAGAGACGCAAUGGAAGGGAUCAAUCAAUUUUUCCCAGUAAUUUUUGAUAAAGAGCAUUUCUCGGUGGUGUCACUGACCGUUCACUCUUUACCAAUAGAUUUUCGAUUCAGGUCAAAGUCUAUCAUUGAGUCAAUAUCAAAUAACCGGCUAAGCAUAAAAAGAGACAAUUCUAUAGACCUGGCAAGAGAAGUUUCUGACUCCCCCCCCCCUUUAAAUUGGAACAAAAUAUCGGUAAAAUUUCCACUUUUUUGGUAAAUUAACCCCCCUUUAAAUUGGACAAAAUUUAAUUUUAUAAUAAAAAAUUUUAUAUAUAAAAAUCAUAAUUUUAUGUAAAAACUUUUGAUAUAAGUUAAAUGUUUCUUCUUAACUAACUCCCCCCCCAUCCUUGAUCGAACGACUCGCCAUCGUUUGAUCAAGGAUGGGGGUUAAAAAAACUUUUUUUGGGAAAAAAAUUUUAUAUAGAAAAUAAAAAAAUAUAUAUAUAUAUAUAUUUUUAUUUACUCUAAAUAAGAGGGUUAAGAGUAUUUAAUAAUUAUUUUUAGAGCAAAAAAUUUUAUAAAAAUACCAAUUUUUAAUAUUUUGAUUUAUUAGUUACCCCUUUAAACUGCAUAAAUUUUAAUUUGUUCCUUAUUAAAUUAAAUUUUUUUUUAAAAAUUUUAAAGAAUCUCUAUUUUAUUAGAUUAUUGAGUUUUUAAGCCUAAGUUGAUGAUUAAAUCACUUCAGGUAAUUGAUUCCGAAGCUUUCUGUCGUCUCAAAGUCUCUGAAAACAACUUCGUUAUGUACAUCUUCCCAAGCUUUUUUGAUAACUAAUAUAUUUUUAUAUAUAUAAAAAUUGUCAUGAUAUGAAAAUCGUUCGAUCAAGGAUGGGGGUUAAUUUCCCCAAAUUUUAGGAAUUUUUACAGUCAAUCGUUCGAUCAAGAUGGGGGGGAGUAAGAUUAAAAAUUUAGCUAUAUCUUGCUUUUGUUUAAAGAAGAGAGUAUAAAGAGCAUCUUAUUUAAAUAAAUUUAUUAUCCUUAAUUGCUAAACUUUUAAAAAAAUUUAAAUUUUUAUUUUUAUCUUUUUUCGAUAAAAAUGAUAUUUUUUAUUUAAAUAAUUUUGAUAUAGAUUCAAUGCGAAUUCUUUACAAAAAUUGAAAAUUUACUUAUUCCUUGCUUUAUUUUAAAGAAUAGAGUAUAAAUAACAACUUGUUUAAACAAAACUAGUACUUUGAUCGAUAAAUUUUCUAAAAAUUUUUUUUUUUAAUUUUUUUUUUUAUCAAUAAAAAUAAUAAUUUUUGUGUAAAUAGUUUUGAUACCAAUUAAUAGUGGCGUAUUAACUAAUAAUGAAAAUUUAGUUAUACCUUGCUUUGCUUUAAAGGAUAAAGAUUAAAUAGCAUUUUAUUAAACAAAUUUAUUAAUCUAAUUCGAUAAAUUUUUGAAAAUUUUUUUUAUUGAAAUCUUUUUUUAAACAAUUUUAUAUUGAUUUUAUUUUUUAAAAAAAUUUUCUUAACCCCCCCUUUAAAUUGGAACAAAAUUUUUUGUUCCAAUUUAAAGGAGGGGGGGAGUGAGUGUCUGCUUGAAGGAAUCGAAGUACUGAAACAAGAAGAUAUUGACAGGAUCUACGACAAAUAUGUGAGGACGAUUGAGUGUGUCCAUGAUAAAAUUCAAAAUUUAAUCAAGGACUGAAACGACGGGCUGCAUUUGCAACUAUUUUAUGUAAAUGGCCGAAGCCCAAGAAGACUUUCCAUUGAAAAAAUUAAAAUUCCAUUGGCUGAAUGGAAUUUAUCAUUGGAAGAUUUCGCGAAUAAAUUCCUCAGUGACAUCCAAGAACUGGCGACCAAAAUGUGCUACUUAUCGACUACAUUUUUAGAAAUCCUAGCCAAAGAUUCCUGACACAUAACAAGGUCUUUAGAAAUCGAAUACAUUGAAAACCAAAUGAACUAUUGAGAAAAAAGCAUUUUUAUGGAGAUGAAGCUUGUUACAGAUUUUGCCUUAGAAACCGACCAAAAUUUGGGGGAGAGGCAUUCCUCUGUCGCAAGAACCCUGAGAAGGACUGAAAUUUAUAAUGAAAACCAAACUUUAUCCCUCCAGCUUCAUUCUGAAGAAGCUUCGCACAAGGAGCCUCCUGUUUUGUUUUUAGAUGUUUACUCAAAAGUCUGUGAAAGCUCUUUAACUCUGUUAGACACCUCAAAGCCAUGAAGUCCUAACUGGUUGAGCUACUCUCCAAACAUUGAUUUUCAGAAGCAAGGAACACAUUUAAUUAUUCUUGUUCAUGGCUUCCAAGGAAAUUCCUUUGACGUUCGGCAUUGGAGGAACUACUUUGCCCUUUACCGCCCAGAUGUGUUGUUUUUGUGCUCGGUUUCUAAUGAAGACAACCCUGACCGUAAUAUAGCCGAAAUGGGAGUAAAGCUGUCAGAAGAAGUCAAAUAUUAUAUCAAACAAUAUUGCCCCAGAAGUCUCACAAAAAUAUCAUUUGUUGGGCACUCUUUAGGAGGCGUUGUAAUCAGAGCAGCUCUUCCUUUUCUAUCAGAAUUUUCAUCAAAAAUGCAAUUUUUUCUGACCCUUUCGACACCCCACUUAGGCUAUAUGUAUAAUUCAUCGAAAAUAAUUGAUGCAGGAAUCUGGCUAUUGAAAAAAUGACGAAGAAGCAAAUGCCUUGUACAGUUAUCCAUGACAGAUUCUCUUAACCCCAGAGAUUGCUAUUUAUAUAAACUGAGCAACGAAACUGGACUGGAAUGGUUCAAACAUUUUUGCCUCGUCAGUUCUCAUCAGGAUGAGUAUGCGCCAUUUGGAUCAGCGAGAAUUGAAGUCAAAGAAAAUAUAGAAAAUUUUUCGGGGAAAAAUGAAUAUAUGGAAAUGGCGAGAAAUAUUAUGAAGAGGCUAAAAGUUGAGAAAAUUCACAGGAUCGAUGUGAAUUUUAAGAUGAAGAAGUCGCUGAAUAACUUCAUUGGGAGAGCUGCUCACAUUGAAAUGCUGGACAAUGAAGCAUUGAUUCAAAUGUUCAUGUUUUCAUGUGCAGGAUUUUUCGAAUAA